CGCAGCGGCGGCCAUUUUCUCCUUCUGUGUGCGCUGGCUGUUUUUGUGCUGACAGACAGGCAGGGGCCGGUGUGGUGGUUAGUUAGUCUGGCUGGGUGCCUAGACUUCCUACCCCGCGAAGCGGCACGGAGACGGGCUAGGGGUCCCUUGUAGCUGAGUUCGGCGUUUCCUGAGAAGUGCGUAGUACCGAGGCCUUCGCCUGCUCCUCCCUCCCUUCCUCUUCUUUCUCCUCCUCGCCGCCUCCUUCCCCUGUCACAGCACGACCCCCCGCUCCGGACUAUGGGUGGGUCGGGGUGCAGUAGGGUGCUUAGCCCGAUGAGCGGCGCAGCUCACAUCCAGAGGGGUCCGUUGGGGUCCCUGGUGUUUUCUUGACAUGGAUCUUCCCGGAGUUGUCACCCUUACAAGCUUCCCCCCGCAUAAACAGCUGAUCCGGCGCCCUGACAUCUGCACUCAGCCUCCUGCGGACACCUUAUUGUUGUUAGACAUGACCGGCUAGGACACCCCUCCCUUCCCCCUCUCACCCCCCGAUCACAAUCUCUCUAUCUGUGCGAUGAUCUCCUCCACCCCCUAUCGCUGACCCUCUGAUCGCACAUUGUAGCAGAGUAGAUAGGUCCCCCCCCUCCCCAUACAGAAUAAUUGUCCCAGCCCGAGUCAUCAUGGUGUCCCUCCUCAGGGGGUGUCAGCUGGUCGCACACAUGGGCUCCCUCGGUGCCCUGAUAAUGCCCAGAAUUGUGGGGCCUCUCGACCUGUGCUGUGAACACCCCACCCCCACUUGUUACACCGAUAUAUAAUCUAUUUUUGCACUGUAGAGGUAAUAGGAAGAUAAAAGGGGGGGUCGCUUGAAGUCCAGAUCUGUCAUCAGCGUAGAGAAUGCAGCCUUCCAGCUGGCCUAUCUGUCCCUUACACCCCCUUCUCUGGUGAGCCAGGAGGCAUCAAUAACAUGCCUAGGCAGGAUGGCCUUUGAUUUUAUGGUACAGGCUGAUAGCAGGAACAUCUUCAUUUCUUCACUGUCAUCACACCCCUAGCAUUUGUUUUUUUGUUUGUUUUUUUAUACCAGAUGUGUUUUUGGUUCACGUUUUCUGUGUAUAUGAUGCCUAUUUUAGUUUCAUCAGAAAACAGCACUUUGUGUCCUAGUUGUCCAGCCUUUGAGUCCCUCCACCCCGAUAGUAGGACAGGCCCGUCACACGUUGCCUAACUAGAGAUUUGGGUUGCACUGACCUGUUGGAAGUCAUUGAAAGCAAAAUAAGGGUAUCAUGGCUUGUUUCUGUUGAACUGGUGUCCGACCCACCCGCAAUCGCUGAUAAGUGUCUUUAGGCGUUUAGCACCAGCUAUAAAAAAAACAAAAAAACAUAAAAUAAAAUCGACCAUGGGGGACCCCAACUCUCGCAAGAAGCAGGCUCUGAACAGGCUGCGCUCCCAGCUAAGGAAGAAGAAAGAGUCUCUGGCUGACCAGUUUGACUUCAAGAUGUAUGUCGCCUUUGUGUUCAAAGACAAGAAAAAGAAGUCGGCUCUGUUCGAAGUGGCUGAUGUUAUACCAGUUAUGACUAACAAUUAUGAAGAAAAUAUACUGAAAGGUGUGCGGGAUUCCAGCUAUUCCUUGGAAAGUUCCCUUGAGCUUCUGCAGAGGGAUGUUGUACAGCUUCAUGCACCUCGAUAUCAGUCCAUGCGGAGGGAUGUAAUUGGGUGUACUCAAGAGAUGGACUUUAUUCUUUGGCCUCGGAAUGAUAUAGAGAAGAUUGUUUGUCUUCUUUUUUCAAGAUGGAAGGGAUCUGAUGAGCCCUUUCGGCCUGUUUUGGCCAAGUUUGAAUUUCAUCAUGGUGAUUAUGAAAAACAUCUUCUGCAUGUACUGAGCCGGAAGGACAAGACUGGAAUUGUUGUGAACAAUCCUACCCAGUCAGUGUUCCUCUUCAUCGACAGACAGCACUUGCAGACUCCUAAAAGCAAAGCCACGAUCUUCAAGUUAUGCAGCAUCUGCCUCUACCUGCCACAGGAACAGCUCACCCAUUGGGCCGUUGGCACUGUUGAGGAUCAUCUCCGCCCUUACAUGCCCGAGUAAGGGUUGUGACCAGUCAAACUGGGAAGAUCAGAUCUUGGCGGCAAUUUUUUUUAUUUUUUUUUUAUCAUUAUUAUUUUACUUCUCCAGAUUCCAGAAGAAUAUGGACUCGCACUCAGAAAACGUGUAUGUUGUGAACCUUCAUGCUGGAUUUUUCUUUCUUCAUAAUUUUUGUAUCUGGACUUUUUUUUUUUUUUUUUUUUUCAUUUUUGAUUUAUUGUGCAUGGACCUUGUGAAAAAGAGGAUGUUCUGAAACAUCUUUGCUUUAGCCUCAUAAAAUGUGAAUUGAUGAUGGGACUUUGGCACACUGAAUCAAAUGUAUCAGAAAGCACAAGGUAUUAUUUGUUUUGGUGGUCUUCCCAUUUGCACUGGUCAUAUCCCCUAAAGUUUAGAGAGUUAGACUACAGUAUUGAGGGUGAAACAUGAAUGUAACAGGCAUAGAAGCUACACUGCUUUACUCACUAUGAAAGCACUGUCUGAAUCGCUUCAGUGAAGCAAGGAUUUGAUGCAGUUAAGUGAAGGCAUGUUCUGAGAAAGAUAGAUAUAUAUGUACAGAAAUCCUGAUUAUUCAGCAUUUGCUUUCAUAUCUUGGUUCCUUUUACAGGGAUGAGACAGAGUGUACAGGCACUUAAAAAUCUGAUCUGUUCUUGCAGUUGCUGCAUACCUCUCGGCAUUUCCCACUGUGGGUGCAUUUACAAUAAUAUAGCCUAGCAGUCUGCAGUAGCUAUAUUACAUAGGAGUACUCGAGCACUGUGGAAACCAUAUGUUUCUGGAUGGAGGAUUUGAGACAUGAGCCUGCUGGUGAUUUGUGCGUUUAUUACUUUUCUAAAAUAAAGUAAUACUUUUAUAACGGGAAACCUAUGGUGGGUUCUGAAAACUUUAGUUUUCUAAAGCAGUUGCAAACUGUGUAAAAAGGAAAGCCGAUGUGUGCUAAGUUGGAUCAGAGGAUAAUUUUAUUUUGUGCAAUGAAAAUAAGGUUGACUACUGUAUUGUUUAGAGAGAAGGCUCUGCUAAAAGGUUUCAGUACCUUUUUGAUUAAACUUGUAUAGGCCUGCUCCCUUUGCCUAAUACUAGUGCUUACCUGGUUUAAAUUUGUAUCUAGCUUUUGUUUGAAAUUGGAUUACAUUGAAAAUUAAAUAAAAUGAGGUAAUUCUAAA